GCCGUGCACUCUGCAGCUGCAGCUGCACGCGCAAAUGUCGGCCGCAGCCGCCACCUGCGACGUCUCCCAGUUCGUCAACGUCUCGCUCUCCGAUGCCAUCUCGCGGGCCAUCAGCGCCGCCGAGGCCGAAGCCGCCGGGCCGUCUGCAAUGAGGGGCUGCCACUUUUACAGUUCUAUGAACAGCAGAGGCUGUAAGCUGCAGAUGGCGUCGGCGUCGGCGUCCGUGUCGGCGGCGCUGAGCUGCGUGAUGCUGGCGGCGGUGGCGGGCGCGCUGCUGCCGCCCGACAACACGGGCCUGGUGGGCGUGCCCCCGGAGCGCGACCACGCCCCCUCGCUCAACUUCUGGGUGGGCGCGCCCAAGCCGCCCGUCCGGCCGCGCCGCAAGGACCUGCACGACGAGACGCUGCUGCGCAGGCUCGGCAGCGACUUCGAUCCCCGCUGGAUGCGGCGCGCGCACACCCCCUUCCAGAGCGCGCCACCAAUCCGCGAGGAGGAGCGGCCGUCGGUGUCGCAGCUGCGGCGCCUGGCCGACCAGCUGCCGCUGCCCGAGUCUCUGCCGGCGGAGCUGCGGCCGGCGCUGCGCGCGUGGCUGGUGGCGCGCGCCUCCUGCCCCAUCUCGUUCGCCUGGACAGACCUGGGCGUCGAGUUCUGGCCGCGCUGGGUGCGGCGCGGCCUCUGCGGCGACUCGCAGGCGGGCGGCGCCGGGGGCGGCGCGGGUGGCGGCGCAGACUCCGCCGAGAGCCGCGCGCCGCGCAUCCUCGACGGGCUGCUCGUCGACGAGGACGACGACGGCGACACCGUCGGCGAGGACGCGCUGGCGCCCGGCCGGCGCUCCGGGGACUCUGGCGGCGAGGGCGCGGCGGGGGCGGCGGCGGCGGCGCUGGGGGCGGCGCUGCAGGGCAACGCGAGCGACGCGCGCCGCGCCUGCUCCUGGCCGCCCGGCAUGACCUGCAAGCCGGGCGUCGCGCGCAACCUGCACAUCCUGCGCUGGCACUGCAGGCUGCGCAAGUCCCUGGAGACGAACAAAGUCUGGACGGCGGAGAGGCUGCGCAAGGAGGUGGAACGGCGCAAGAAGCGGCGCAAGAAGUACCGGUGCACGUGGCUCAAGGUGCCGUACCCCGUGCCGGAGGACUGCGAGUGCGCCUGCUCAUGAGGACGGCUCGACGCUCCACGCGGCGCAAUAACUUUUUUCUGUGAUAUCGGCAGCACUGGUCCAGUUCACGUGUUCUAGCUACGCUGUCUCGCCGAGGCGGCCACAGGACAAUCAGGGCGCGGCUUCGUAGGGAACGCACGUGCGUGUGACAGUGCCACGGUGACUUCUAGUGCCCUUACUUACGGUGUACUCAAAAUCAGUUAACAGUGGAGUUAAACUCUGCAUAAGGUCCGGCAGUGUGUGUUGGUCGGCAAAUGGGUGCGAUCAGUAACUGGCUCGCGUGCAAGUUGCACAAGAGAAUGGUCUGCAGCCGUGCGAAAUACUCUAGUGAUGUGGUAGGCAAAAAUGAUCUCACUUCGAAACUGCACAUCUCGUUUUAAACACUGAGUUUCGUAUCAGCUAAAUGCUUUUAAAAGUCCGAUUCUAAACAAGUCUCGAAAUACGUCAUGAGUUAAUUAAUAUUCAAAAUAAUCUGCUAAGAGCGUAACGGCCCUUAUGCUUCACUAGCAUUAAUUCUGAAUGAUGUUUUCGUACAAAACUGACUACAUGAGCAUUAAGAGAUAUAUAUAAUUAUUGCCGAGAAGAGCAGAAAAUUUAAAGACCGCUUCUGCCUCCACAACACAGCACUCUGUGCCUUUAUCAGUACGACUGAUGGUGGUUCUCAAUGUUCCUAUAAUUUCUUCUAGGUUUAUGUAAAACUGUAUAUUAUAUAAUCAUGACAAACUGCUAAUAGGACAAUGCACGUCGAUGUUUCCGGAGCAUGAAUAUCAGCAAGAAAUAGGUGUUAAAGAAAAUUAUAAUUUAUCUUGGGCAACACAUGUGAAUAUAGAUGAUAAUGAACUGUGUUGAACUUAGAACCUGAAUGGAAGAUUGCAUGAGCUCGUCGCCUCCGUGUUGUGCAGUUUUAUGCUGAGCACUAACACUCAUUUACUUAAAAAUGUCCUAGCUGUCUCCAAAUCAGUACACCCAUAACAAAGAUUCCUGCUGCGUAUAAACAUAUACAUAUAUAGUUUGUAAUGCAUUAAUUUUAUUUCGUUUUUUUACAUUAAUAACAUUUGUUUUAAGGGAAACAGAAUGAACAAGCUCAUUGCCAUACUUUUCCAAAGAUCUGUAUAGACAGGCAAAUCAAAUUCCCCAGCAAAGAAACUGCAUUGCACCUUGUUCUUUCACAGCUUAUGGUUCAUAUCUCACUUCUUCAGUUCACUGAACAGUAAGAAGAAAGUACUAUCAAUUACUAUUUGCGAGGGGAGGGGGAGGGGGAGGAGGGAUUAAUUUUAAACAAAACAGAUUCAAUGUAAAAUUUUAGAAUGGGUUAUCUCUUUUGGUAGAAGCGUUUACAUAUAGUUAUGUAUUUUUGGCGAGAGCCUACAAAUCAUUCGUAUAUCGUCAACAGAAUAUAUAUAUAUAUAUAUAUAUAUAUAUAUAUAUAUAUAUCAUCGAGUGAAAUGGUAGAUCAUGGUCGUUCGAGCCACUGAGCUACGAAUCUUGCAACUCGUACCACUCGAGAUUGUUUCAUGCUUAUCAGGUUCAACAAUCAACUGUUGCAGCUGACACCAUGGCCAAAUAAAGAACCAGUACUUGGUGAUUUCGUCGCGUCAACAAAGGAUACGGACAAUUAAAAGAGUUGUUCGUCAAUAACGAGACUUGCGCUUUCAUGUACAGGAGCGUAAGUUCUCCAAUCAUAUGGUUUUUGUGCUUUCAAUCUGUGGGUAGAAUGAUACAGGUUAGACAUGAGUUCCAUCAUUGUAAUUUACACCUAUAAAAAAGGCACGAGCUCAUUCUUCAGUUCAUUCAACCACACUUAUGUGAGAAGGUUUUCCUCUAAAGUUUAAAUGAAAAUAGUGUAGCCAAGGAUGAAACAUUUUAUUGUCAUCGUGCAUUCUAUAUUUUAUCAUCAAUCUAGGUUUAAUGAUAUGUGAAA